UCAUCAAAAUAUAUAACUGAUCCGAGCCGUUGAAUCGUGUGAAAUGGAAUCUAUCAUCUAACGAACGGUUCAUAUCAGAGCUCUUAUUUUCAUCAAAUCCCCAAAAUCCAAAAUCUUCCCCGCCACGCCAGUGCCAAAAUCCCAUUUUGCCUAAGAUUCUGAAAAUCGGAAGCGAAAGGAAGCAAAGCAUUCAACUAACUCAACAAUGGCUCAAGCAGCGAGAUUAAGCAUGAGGAUGCAGAAAGAGCUGAAGCUCCUCCUCUCCGAUCCACCUCACGGCGCUUCGUUUCCACACCUCUCCUCCGCCGCUUCUGGCUCCGCCGAUCUCUCAUCUUUCUCCUCAAUCGAUGCUCAGAUGGAAGGACCUGAAGAUACUGUUUACGCUAAUGGAAUCUUCGACGUGAAGAUUCAGAUUCCAGAGAGAUAUCCGUUUCAGCCUCCGAUUGUGUCAUUUGCUACACAGAUCUACCAUCCUAACAUCGAUAACAGUGGCCGAAUUUGCCUCGACAUCUUGAAUCUCCCUCCCAAGGGUGCUUGGCAACCAUCAUUGAACAUCUCUACAGUGCUGACUAGCAUUCGAUUGUUGCUUACUGAACCCAAUCCUGAUGAUGGCUUGAUGUGUGAAGUUAGCAGGGAGUACAAAUACAAUAGACAAGCUUUUGAUUAUAAGGCCCGGGAGAUGACAGAGAAGUAUGCUGUCAAGGUUAACAAGUCUGGUCUUGAUGGAAGCACCACCACCCUCCAAAUUCACGAAACACCUAUCGCACCCGAGAGUCAUGGAGAUGAGAAGGUUUCUGAAUGUGGGACUAGUGUUUCAGCUCGAAAUUGCGAAAAGCCUGAUGGGAUUAAGCCUACGUUAGCAGUGGAAUCUUCGUUGAGCAUGACAUAUAAAGAGAGUCGUGACACUGAUCAACAAAUGGAUGGUAAUGGGAAAAGAAAAGCAGCGAAUGGUUUUUGCGAGGCAAACACAUCUGGUAACAACGGAGGGAGCAGGAAGAAACUAUCUCUUGCCUUGCCUCCUCAAUCUCAAAAGAAAGACUUGUGCGGUGAACAACUCACACAUGAAGUUCCAGCUGCUUGCAAAGAAAACAAGAAGCCACAUUCAAUUGUAAAGAAGCUUUCUCUGGGGUUAAAGAAGCCAUUGGUUAAUGCAGCAUCACUUAAUAACAGCUUGGACUCUUCAAGUGUUCGAUCUGCAAACAGUGACAACAAUAGACUAAGGGGAAAGCUGUCCUUGAGACCUCUUGGAGAGUCACAGUUGAAUGAAGUUAGCAAAGCAGAGGUACUUGCGCAAACUGAAAUGAAUCAGAAUCAAGAUGUGACAAGUUGGGGAGGAGAGUUUGAGAAGUCGGCCUCGGAAGAAGCAACAAUGCCUGAAUCCAUUGUUGUUCUAGACAGCGAAGAAAGUGGAGGAGAAGAGGAAGAAGCAACAGUCUCUUCGAGGUCAAGAUUAUCACUGGCAAGGAGAGGAAGCCUCAAGUGUGGUAAACCUUGAAAAAACUGUUUUGUUUUAUUUGGAUCGAAUCAAGAUUGCAUAUUGAAUAUCAAGCAUAUGAUUUAUUACUUGAAAUACAAAAUGAGUGUGUUAAAAGCCUAGAGAAUUUAUGGCAA